AAGUUGGGCUGCAGAUGGUUCGAUGCAGCGAAAGGUAACAUGGCGGACCCUGAUGGUGCGAACAAAACUCGGGGAAUAAACAGAAGGGGCGCUUUUAAGCAGAAGAAUGUGAUCGAAGUCAAAGGCCAUAAGUUUUUUUUUCGAUACCUGAGACAGCCAACGUUUUGUGGUCACUGCAAAGAUUUUAUUUGGGGUUUUAUCGGAAAGCAGGGAUGCCAAUGCCAAGGGUGUUCGUUUGUGCUUCACAAGCGCUGUUGUCAAUUUGUGACCUUUUCUUGUCCUGGAGCGGAGACAGGGGCUGCCACCGAGGGCCUUGAAUCAGCCCACCCUUUUAAAGUUCGCACCUAUACUAGUCCUACAUUUUGUGAUCAUUGCGGAUCUCUACUUUACGGACUCUAUCACCAAGGAGUACAAUGCGAAGACUGUCAGAUGAAUGUGCACAAGAGGUGCAUAAAGUUGUUACCGAAACUAUGUGGUGUCGAUCAUACAGAGCGAAGGGGCAGAAUACACCUUAAAGUUUGGAUCGAAGACAGCGCAAAGAGUCAACUGAAAGUUGAAGUUCGUGAUGCUAAGAAUCUCAUUCCUAUGGAUCCAAAUGGUCUCUCUGAUCCUUACGUCAAGAUCAGGCUUAUUGACAACACACAGGAGGACAUCAGCAAGAAAAAAAACGACUCGGACAAGAAAAAAAAAUUCAAAACUAAGGUUGUCUAUAAGAACCUGAACCCAGAAUUUAAUGAAACUUUUGACAUCACACUUGAUAAUGAGGACUAUAAUCGACGUUUGUUUGUUGCUGUCUGGGACUGGGACAGAGCGUCACGUAAUGACUUUAUGGGUUGCUUGUCAUUUGGAGUUUCUGAGCUGGUGAAACAACCACAAGAGGGCUGGUUCAAGCUUCUGGGCAAAGUGGAAGGAAAUUUUUAUAACAUUCCUAUCAUUGAUACUGAUGAAGAAGGCCCAGCAGUGUUGGAGCUUAGAAACAAAUAUAAGUUUAUGCAGGCACAGUUAAAAGAAGAAGAGGAAAGGCAAGAGAGAGAGUACCAAGCUGCACAAGUAUUUCGCGGCAAGGAAGAUGGUACUAGAUACAGGCCAGAAGAUUUUCACUUCCUCAAAGUUCUUGGUAAAGGAAGCUUCGGAAAGGUCAUGUUAGCAGAGCGGAAAGGCACGGAUGAAGUGUAUGCCAUCAAAGUUUUAAAGAAAGAUGUCAUUGUUCAAGAUGAUGAUGUGGAGUGUACUAUGACAGAGAAGAGGGUACUAGGCUUACACGGCAAACCACCAUUUCUCACGUCUCUUUUCUGCUGCUUCCAGUCAUAUGACCGCCUCUACUUUGUGAUGGAGUAUGUCAACGGUGGAGAUUUGAUGUUUCACAUCCAGCAACACGGCAGAUUUAAGGAGCCACAAGCAGUUUUCUAUGUAGCGGAAAUUGUCCUUGGAUUGUUGUUUCUACACAAAAGAGGCAUUGUUUACAGAGAUUUAAAGUUAGACAAUGUCAUGCUGGAUAGUGACGGCCACAUCAAAAUUGCCGAUUUUGGAAUGUGCAAAGAAAAUAUGACUGACGGAAAGACAACUCGAACAUUCUGUGGGACACCAGAUUAUAUUGCUCCUGAGAUUGUCGCCUACCAGCCUUACAGUUUUUCCGUGGACUGGUGGGCUCUCGGAGUUCUUAUUUAUGAGAUGUUAGCGGGACAGCCUCCUUUUGAUGGGGACGAUGAAGACGAAUUAUUUAACUCUAUCUUAGAGCACAGCGUGUCUUACCCCAAGUCUUUAUCCAAAGAAGCCGUGCUCAUCAUCAAAGGGUUCCUGACCAAACACCCGGCCAAACGCCUGGGCUGUGGAGAAAAUGGAGAACAAAGCAUCAAGGAUCACGUGUUCUUUAGGCACACUAACUGGUUGAAACUUAUGAACAGAGAGGUUCAACCUCCCUUCAAACCAAAAAUUAAAUCUAAACGUUCCUUUGACAAUUUCGACCCAGAGUUCACGGACGAAGCCGCCCGACUAACACCUUGCGACAAAUCAUUCAUAGCCAACAUCAACCAGAAUGACUUCCAUGGCUUCUCAUUCGUGAAUCCUGCUUUCCCAGCGAAAGAGAAAGAGCCAUCAAGCGACACUGACAUUAAAGUUUAAGAAUUCCUGUGUAAUUUACUUAGCUAGGUGAUGAAAUGUAUCCGGGAGAUGUUUCCGGUUUUGCGUUUGCGUGGAAUGGUAAGGUAUUUCUAGUAUUGUCGAAAGACCACGUAAUUAAGAUGUAAGUAUUAUUUCCUAAGAAGCGCGCCUAGACAAGCCAAAUUUUUUCCCUUUUGUGAUUUGGUUCUAAUGAUGAGCGAGACGCUAAUUUAAGCUAUGUUUCCCCUCCGGAUAUUCACUGGAAAGUGAUUUCGAUUAAUCAGGGUAAGACUUCUUUUGCUAGAGUGCUGAGGUAACACGUGAAGCUAUCCUGUUUUUGUUUUUCUUUUUAUUGAGCAUCCUUAAACCUCAACUUAGUAUUCACAACGGCAAAUCAAAAACAAAGCAGAUAUCCGUAAUUUACCGAGAGCUCGGUGGUACGAGCGCGGAAAAUGAGUGGGAUCAAGUUACGAUUGGUUUGAGGUUUCUAUCUGAAUACAUGGUCGAGAAGGUGAGGCGAUAUUUUUUUCCACGAGUAAGAUAGUGGCAUACUGAAAGCAAAACAAUUGCAAUCUCGGAUGGCUACCGCCGACAAUCGCUUAAAAUCUGAGUUGUCUGUAUGUAGCUCUUCGGCAAGCUUCCUGUGAAUAUCACCUUUGCUGCUCAAGAGAGACAAGUUGGCUUGUUCCAUGACUGCGUUUCAUUUAAGCAUAAUUUAUCUCGAAAUAGAUAAAUCCAAUUUGAAUAAGUUGUAAUAACUAUGCGUUAGAUAUGUAGUGAUAUAUGCAUAAUUUAGCUAGGAAGCUAAGACAUAACUUGUACAUUCUGGGAAUUUAGGGUGAAAUAAGGGAGUGGGAGGUUUACUUAAAAUUGUUUUCUUUCUUUUUCGUUUUACUUCUUUUUCCAAAUUUGUCAUGCAAAAUCGGGUUGUGAAGAAUUGUAUUUUUCCCAUUGGUUCCUUCAUAGUUUCUGCCCUGUGGAAUUGAAUUGCUGAAUACUGUCUCAAUUUUCUGGUACUGCUGUAGGUUUUUGUCAUUUCGCACCUAGAGGCAACUUUUUGAACGAAUCCAAUUGUGAGUUUGACCCAAUUAUAUCACAUUUAGAUAGUGGUUGUGAGUUUUCUCUGUCUUGUAGUAUCAAGGUUUAAGUAGUAAUGAAGUGCACCAAGAAAGCUUGGUAACACAGCAAUGUGUAAUACGAAAAGAGUUCCACAGUGACACCGUAUGUAGCCUUCUAUUAAGUUCUAACUACCGGUAGUUCGUGAAGUUACCUACAAAUUUACCAAUUUUUCAAAGUUUGUAACUGUUAAGAGAUGCCCUCCUUCAUCACGGAGCUAUAGCUGAUGCAUUUACUGCUGUCAAUAUUUGAGAAGGUGAUAAAGUUAAAACUUUUGAACACGGAAGUAUUUGGUAAAAGACGGAACAAAUGCAUAGUUUGGCGAUGGUCGUCUUCUAAGGAGUUAAAAAGAUGAAGUUACAAGAAAAGGAGAUGUGAACUGUCCUCUAAGACGUUGUUAGUGUUAGCUACUUCUUUGAUAUGGAGGAUAUUUUUAUUCUGAUGAUUAAGGGUACGGUUGUAUGCGUUUGCAUGAAGACUGUAUGCAAAAUGAGAAUGAACUGUAGUUCGUCGGACAUUCAGAAAUUUGACCGGCUAUGUAUACUUUUAGGUAUUGGUAUCAGCUGUGGAUAUUUCUUUCUUCUGAUUGGUUAAUACGAAGUUCAUUUGUUAUGAAUUGCCUUCAGUCGUCGAGAAUAUAGUUAUGUGACAGGAACCCUUCAACAUUUUCACGAGACUGCGGCAAGUGAGUUUGGGUAUUUGUAAUUUAGAGCUACAAUACUCUCCGUUGUAGAUUAGCUCGGAGAGUUUGAUGUUGCAACAGCAUGGCAUCAUCCAGCUGAAAUGAAAGUAAAUUCUUUUGCACGUUUUUUCGAAAUUGAAAUUGCGUAGAGAAGUUACGUUUCCAUUACUUCGCUGGUUAGAAUGAGUAGAAUUGUUUUCAGUUUCUUUAUUUUGUUUGAAUAUCAGAUGUAAAAAAUUACCCUAGAUUCCUGUGUACUUCAACUUUAUUCUUAGAGCGUUUUCUCAUUCCAGCAGAGGGAUGAUGUGGCUAUUUAUGAAUUAUUGAAAUUUUGGUUUCCAUUAUUAGCAUUAUUAUUAGUAACAAUAGUGCUUGCUACUCUGACUUUUCUCUUUACACUUUUUGCGAAUUAUGGAACAAUAAGUUUCAGUAUUAUUAACAAUUAUUCUCCUUAGUGGAGGUAAACAUACGAAGUGAUUAAUUGUUUUAGUAUAUACUACACAAAAACCAAAGAAAAAAAAAUUCAACAAGAAUUGGUUUAUUUCUGACAAUAUACCGAAAAAAAGUCGGAAAUUAAACUCUCGACGCGCGGUUUUGUCUCAGAGUGCUUGGAAGUGAAUACUACUUGGUUAUCACUUCCAAACUAGCCAAUCAGCGCGCGCGAAGCACAGUAAGUUAAACCUGUGUGGUAUAUACCAAACUUGAAUAAUCCUAGCACUGCACAGCGGCAUCGAUGUAAAGUGUGAAACAAAGUAGCGAGGGAAUUCAUAGCAAAACAGUUUCACUGAGUCGCACAAGUACUUAUUAAAUUCUUGGUAAUUUAAAAUUUCUCACGAGGGAGAUUAAAUGUAGAAUGUUGUGAUUGCUUAAUAAAAAGCACAACUGAGCUGCAAUUAUA